AUGCAUGGCCGAGAGAGCGGAGCAAAGAAGGUGUGUCGAGAGCCAAUCACCUUCACGGACAAAGACUUACCCUCUGGCCAGAUGCCACAUCGGAAUGCGCUAGUCAUCGCGAUGGAGGUAAAUGGGGUAGUCAUCCGGCGAGUCCUGGUAGACACCGGGAGUAGCGUCAAUAUCCUAUACCUAGAGACCUUCACCAAACUCAGCCUGACCCGAGAACAGCUAGCCUCGGUGAAGACGUCGCUAGCGGGUUUCACAGGGGAUUCCAUAGAGUCAAAGGGCUCUAUCAUUUCGCCCGUGGAGAUUGGUAGCUAUCCAGACGUACGGAAGUUGGAUAUGAAAUUCAUUGUGGCCGACUUGGGAACUGUUCAGGGAUCAAUGUUGGUUGAUGACUAUCACCGAACAAUCAAUAUUUUGCUUGAGCAAGGGGACAUACAUGAAGAAGAGGCAGCUCAUGUGCUGUUAGGUAGACCGUGGCAAUUUGAUAGAAAAAUCACUUUUGAUGGAAUGAUGAACACUUAUUUGUUUCACAUAGAUGGAGUUAGAUAUGUCUUGUCUCCUUUGACUCCUAAACAGGUGGAAGAAAUACUAUUGAAAUCAAGGAAGGCAUCAAAAGAGGCGAAAUCAGUGCCAUAUUCCCCCUAUCCAAAAUCAAAGCCUCCACCUCCUCCAAUAUCCCUUUCUACGCCAUUUUCAUCUCAAAACCCAGCAAAGGAAUCACCACAUCAGCCCUCUUUUCUUGCAACAAAAAAUGACAUUAAGAAGGCAAUAAGAAGGGGAGACACGUUUAACUUACUUGUCAUUCAUAAGCUUACCACUGAUCUUGAUUCUUCUCUUGUGUUACACUCUGAAUCUUGUUUUCGUAAUGCCUCUAUUGAUGAAUUGCUUGCUGAUUUUUCAGAUUUAUUCCCUAAAGAGAUGCCAAAAGGAUUGCCACCACUUAGAGGGAUUGAGCAUCAAAUCGACUUUGUCCCUGGAUCUACCUUGCCAAACCGACCAGCCUACAAAACCAAUCCUGUGGAAGCAAAGGAAAUCCAGAAACAGGUUGAAGAGCUUCUUGAAAUUAGACAUAUUCGAGAAAGCUUGAGUCCGUGUGCCGUUUCAGUGCUCAUUGUCUCAAAAAAAGACGGUACAUGGAGAAUGUGUGUUGAUUGUCCUGCAAUUAACAAUAUAACUAUUAAGUAUAGAUUUCCUAUUCCUCGACUUGAUAAUAUGCUUGAUGAACUUUAUGGAGCUAACAAGUCACAAGAAAAACACUUGAAACACCUUCGAUUAGUUUUUCUUGAACUUAGGGCUGCACAGUUGUAUGUCAAUCUUGAGAAGUGUUCUUUUAUGUCUGAGAGUGUUGAGUUUUUAGGAUUUCAUGUUAGUAUAGAAGGUUUCUACAGAAAGUUUGUUCGUGAUUUCAGCUCCAUAGCAGCCCCUAUGCAUGAGUUGAUUAAGAAAGACACCAUCAUCAAAUGGGGGCCUAAACAGGAACAAGCUUUUGCUGCAUUGAAAGAGAAACUCACCACCGCUCCUAAUGUGAUGCUUCUGGCAUUGGAAUUGGUGCUGUACUGA